CGUCUGCGCAUGCGCAUACCAAUCGUAUCUUUCGGCUAAAAGAACAGUGAAGUCUUUAACGGCGUUAAUUCCUUCAUUUCCACGCUGUACUCAUUAGUCUAUCUUAUGAUAAACUGCACUUUCUUUAUACAUUUUUCGUCCCACUGAGAUAUGAAUCUUCUCAGGCUAGCUUAGCUUGCUAGUUAGCUUAGCUCGCUAGUUAGCUUCGCUUGCUAGCUGCUAACAAAGAGAGGCGGAAGUUCUCAAAGCAUCGCUAGGCAGAGCUCAAAUACGUCUGUGACGAACAUCAUCUCCCUGAGCAGCAGGAGUGGACCUAAAAAAAAAUGGAGCAAGAGGAGCCACAGCCCCUCCACAUCAAAGAGGAAGAAGAGGAGCCCUGGCAAAUUAAAGAGGAAGAAGGGGAGCCACAGCCCCUCCACAUUAAAGAGGAAGAGGUGGAACACAACAUCAGUCAUUUAGGAGAGCAGCUUGAAUGGUUGGAGGAGUUCCCAAUGAUUGGUGUCCCUGUGAAGAGUGAAGAUGAUGAGGUCAAAGGUGAAAGUGAGGAGAGGAGAGAGGCGGAGCCUCCAAGCAGCAGCUCAACUCAACACAUGACAACAGAAGCUGAUGGAGACCACUGUGGAGGAUCACAAGCAGACAAGCUCUUAGCUCCACUAUCAGAUAGUGAGGACACAACGUCACACUCUCCUGACACUGAUGAUGAAGACUCUAAAGAUGACAAGACAUGUCACACUGACAACACACGCUUUAAAUGCUCUCUCUGCGACAAAACCUUCAAUCACCGUUAUAAUCAGAAAAUACACAUGAGGACACACACAGGAGAGAAACCGUUCAUGUGCGCAUUUUGCAGUAAACGAUUCUCUCAGAAGCAACAUUUGAAAGUACACACAAGACUACACACUGGAGAAAAACCUUUUUCAUGUUCAAUUUGCGGCGAGGAUUUUAUACAGAAUGAAUAUUUGAAAGUACACAUGAGAAGCUCCCACUCUGGAGACACAUUUACAAAAGCAUUCACCUGUUCGGUUUGUGGUAAAAGUCUAGUCAAUAAUCAAAGUUUGAAAAUACACAUGAGAAGAAUACACACCGGUGAAAAGCCGUAUUCCUGUUCCAGCUGCCACAAAAGCUUUUGUGACCAGUCAGCGCUCGCAGUGCACAUGAGAACACACACCGGAGAGAAGAAAUGCAUUUGUUCAAUCUGUGGUAAAGGUUUAGUAAAUAAUCAGUGUUUAAAAAUACACAUGAGAAGAAUACACACUGGCGAAAAACCUUAUUCCUGUUCGAGCUGCAACAAAAGCUUCUGCGACCGGUCAGCACUUGUCGUACACAUGAGGACGCACACCGGGGAAAAACCAUGUGUCUGCGCAGUCUGUGGCAAAAGCUUAGUGGAUAGCAAAUGUAUGAAAGUGCACAUGCGAACGCACACUGGUGAGAAACCAUAUACCUGUUCUGUCUGCAGCAAAUGCUUUUCUGACCGAUCGACGCUUGCGAGACACGUAAGACGACACACCGGGGAGAAAGUGUUGAGUUGCGGUGUGUGCGGUCAAAGUUUUUCUUAUAAGUACCAGUUGGAGAAACACAAAUGUGCUGGUGAGAACAGCAGCAGCACAUGAAGCUGCAGGAUUUGAAAUAAUCUGUCAAAAGUUUGUUAGCAUUGACAUCAUCACAUGUGACUAUGUUGUCAUUAAAAUGUAUUGGUUAUUCUCCGGUGUAAAUGUGUACAUUUCGCUCCCGUCACAUUUAUAACCCACUUUCUGAGCAAAGCUGUUUGUUUGUGAAGGUGUUCCCAUAUUGCAAAUGAAACCACGCCUCCACCCUACCCCAAAGUAGCAGAAUAUUUUGUUUUGAAAAUGUACACUGUUUCAAUAUAUUUAUUGAAGACAAUUUUUUUUUUUUUUAUAAAGUUGA